CGCCGCGAAGAAGUAACUACUUUAUUUCGGAAGUAGGCUGCAACAAGGUCGCGGACACCUAAUAGCAGCAUCGAAAGGAAACCUCUAAGGAAGCUGGGUCGCCACACAGCAGCCAUGAACAUCUGCACGGCAUUGCACUUUUUAUUGCUCGUUGUAAUCUGCAACUCUUUGGGGAAAGGAUUCGAUGAUUCUUUCAUAUCAGAUUAUAGAUGCACUGUACCUCCAAGAAAUGCAUCACAGAAAUGCCAGCCCCGGGGAUGGUACUUUAAUCAAUAUACAAGACUCUGUGUACCAAGUUGUGGUAGAGGUGCUUUUACAACCCAAUUUGAAUGCAUGGGAGCAUGCAGAAGUGUUGAAGCAUGCGGAUUCCCAUUGGAGAGUUCCCUGUGCCUGCUCAACGUGUUUGCUGUGUAUGUAUACGAUCCCAUCGCAAAAAGUUGCUUCAUGUCGUACGACUGUUCUUUGUUCGGAAAUAAGUUCCCUACCGCCAGAGAAUGUCAACGAACCUGCGAAGGAGGACGAUUCGAAGCUCUGACUCAAAAAAUAGACUACGAUUCCCUUCUGGCUGCCGGUCAACAGAGAGUUAUCGGCGCAGCAGGCUCAUCUCAGUCGCAAACGCAAAUAGGUGGUCCCGGAGGAGUCGGCUUUCCACAAUUUCCAACCGGCCCAGGACAACUGCCGGGAAGCACCCAAGUGUCGGGCGCCAAUGGAAGUUGGAACACUUCUCUACAACAUCAAACAAGUUCGUCCCAGCAAUCAUCUACAACUUCGGUGAGAGGAACAACGAUUAGCUCAACGGUAAACGGACAACAGCAGGGAGGCCAUACGUCUACCGGGAGCCAGAUAUCUAGCACAACCGGAGGUGGCACAAGUCAACUGACUGCGUUGCAGUCCAGCAAUGGCGGUGGAGCUGUGGUCAUCCAAACAACAAAUGGCGAGUGA